UAAAUAUUAUUAAUCUUUUUCCUUCCUUUUAUUCUUUUCACUGUAAUGUUCGUAAUGUAAAGAUUUUUUUUUUUUUCCUUUCUAAAUAUAUUAUAUAUAUUCGCGAAAAAAUAAAAAGAAAAAAAAAUGGAAAUUAAAAAUAAUCCAAUCACAUUGUUUUUAACAAAUUUAUUAACCUUUCGAUUUUAUUGUAAGUUUUUUUAUAUACAUAUAUAUUUUAUUAUAUUCAUUCAAUCAAUUCUUUUUUCUUUUUUUCCUCUAUCUUCCUCUUCCUCAGUUAAUCGAGAUCCUAAAUCAGAAACUGAACCAUUCUUAUCAUCAAAUAAUCCUAAUGAUGAACCUGAAGAAGAUCCGUGUGAAAAUUGGGUUUCCAGCAGGUGUUAUUACGAUUUCUUAAUACCUUCAAAACCAAAGAAGAAGAAGAAAGUUAUUAAUUCUCCCAAACAAUUAUCUUAUAUUAAAUAUAAAGAAUUAAAACAAAAGAAAUUAUUGCAUUUAGAUUUUUUGAAGGAGGGAUUUUGUGAUAAAGCAGAUUAUGAUGUUCAUUCAAUCAUAAGACAACUUAGAUACGAACAAGAGAUGAAGAAGUAUAAAGAUGAUAGAUGUGAUGGUGAAAAAGAUGAAGUGAAUAUUGUUAUUAUGGAAGAUAUUUAAGUGGACUUGGCGGCAGUGCAGUUAGCCGAGCCACAAUAAAUAAAUUAAUAAAUGGCGAUGUUUGAUUGGAAGAAGAAAUUUAAAUUUAUUAAAAUUUUGUAAUUAAUAUUGAAUAGUGAAUAAUCUGAAAUUAUUUUUUGAAAUAAAAACUGUACUUUUACAAAAAGAUUUUGAUGUU